CAGGGGACGCUGUGGGGAGUGCCGAUUGACGUCAGAAGACUCGCGCGUAAAUCGUAUUUAGGUCGGAAGUAAAGUUUAUGAACAAAAGUGGGGGGGGGGGAGUAAGUCGGAAGUUGAGAGCGCUCGGCUUUGUUUUGGUGCAAUGGAAGUAGACAAUGGCGGCGAAGCCGCCGGGCGGACGGUGAGUUUCUCUCAAGUCGCAACCGUCGCCGGAGGAUGGAUGCUCGACUUCUCGUUUCUAAGUCUGUGCCGGUUCUUCAAGGAGCGCAGAUUCGACGAGUUCAACGACUCUCUGUUGAUUUUGCAGGCUAUUACCCAAAGUCCUUUUAUCGGCAGAAACGAUCACGUCCAGAAAAAGAUGAUUUCAUCCAUCCUGACCAGAGUAAUGCAUGGACAACACCUAGAUACUCAAUUUGAAGAAGAUGAUCGUGUGAUGCCUCUGAUGUCUGCAGCCGUCAUAUGGUCAAACAUGAGAGACACUGUAGCAGAUGAACACUUGUUCGAAAGCAUUGCCACCCUCUUGAUUAUCCAAUCUUCGGCUGUGUGCUUGGAGAAAGGUGAAAGGGCCAAGGCUUCCUUUGCCCUCACGUGGCUUAAAGAGAAUCUUGACAUUCCACAGAAUUUACAGGUCAAGCUGUCUGCAAUCUGUAAAAAAGGGGACAUCUACCACCCAUUUCUCCUCAACUUCAGCUUCAGCCACCUGCUAGAAAUGGUCCAGACAUACUUGGAUGCUUUUCAGAGGGAGAAGCCCUCCAACUUCCUGCUCCAGGCCGCAACUAAGGUGGCCCUGUCAUCUCCGGAGGUGAGGAACGACUCGGUGGCACAGGAGGAAUCUCUCGCAGACACAACGAACAAAUCCACAGAGGAUUCGGAGCAGAAAAAGAAGAGCUGUCCAGGUCUGGGACAGAAAAAGAAACUCCUAUGGAUGAAAAACCCUGAGCUGCAGCAAUUUGUUUACUGCAAGAAUGUUAAAUUAGUUCUUGAAAAACUGUCACUGAAAGACAAAAAUCCUCUGAAUUUUGUCCAAACGUUACCUGAGACAUCACAGAACACCACGGGUAUUAAAAGAACCAAGAAGAAAUGGACUUGGGCGCUGGAUCAGAAGCUGGUGAAGGGUGUGAGACGUCAUGGCGAGGGGAAAUGGUCGCGCAUCUUGAUGGAUGAUGACUUUGAGGGACGUACUGGCACCAUGCUUAAAGACCGCUGGCGGAUUUUAAAAAGAAAAUAAUUCAGCCGAAGAGAGGGCGCCUAACCCACAGCAUCAGGUAACGACGUGGGCUUUUUAAGAGCAUUGUAUCCGAAAACUUUUUGUUGGAAGGACUGAACAAUAUUUAGUCUUUUAGAAAGCACAAUAAACGUACAAAAAUG